AUGCUAUCACAAGUCGUUCGCCGUAUCCCGGCGACGGCCCUCCCACGGGUUCUAUCCACUCCAGCAUCCUCAGUAACGACCCUCCGAACCCUCGCCACCCUUACGAACCAAUCGAUAUCAUCGUCAUAUAAACCGAAAAUGUCCCUUAUAACCUCGAGUAUAAGACCUACGUUAUCACUAGUACCUCAAAACCCAGUAUCGUUAUCUCAGAUCCGUGGUAUGAAGGUUAGAAGUGCGGUUAAGAAGUUGUGUAGUGGUUGUAAGAGCGUUCGAAGGAAGGGAUAUCUUUACAUCAUAUGCUCGAAAAACCAGAAGCAUAAACAGCGGCAGGGAUAG